CCCCUUCUUCCCUUCUCUUCUGAUAAUUCACAGUACACAUAGCUUCACCAGCUGCGCCACUGCCAGCCGUCCCAUCCCGGGUCUCUUUUCUCUGUCAUUUGAGCUCUCUUUUUUAUUACAGGUUUUAGGUGAAUUAAGGUCUAUUCAAAUUUGAGAUUGAAAAAAAAAAGCUGCUUUAGCCUAAAUUGCCUAAGGAAAUGGCUGGUGGUCUGAAAGAUGAUGAUACGGAAGAGUUUAAGGGUCUUCGAAUCACCUCACUGGACGAUGAAAGCGAUGAAGAAGAAGAACAAAAUGAACAAGAUAUUGUUAUUGAUGAAGAUGAUGAAGAAGAAGAAGACGAAGAAGCAAGAAACUCUGUGGUUUUAGGUUUUGUGAAAAAGCCUAAGACAGCCCGCUCUCUUCUUCGCCAUUUCUUCCCUUCCAAGGCUGGAGGCGUUCCCGCUUGGUUGGAUCCAGAAAAUUUGCCAUCCGGAAGAUCUUGUUUUUGCGACAUAUGUGAUGAACCUUUGCAGUUUGUGCUUCAGGUGUAUGCACCAGAGGAGAAGCAAUCUGCAUUUCAUCGAACUUUAUUUGUUUUUAUGUGUACAUCAAUGGUUUGUCUUCGUCGAGAUCAACAUGAACAAUGGAAAUGCCAUCAGGACAAGCCUUCUAGAAGAAGUGUGAAGGUUUUCCGCUGCCAAUUACCCCGUGAUAAUCCUUUCUACUCAAGUGAGCCACCAAAGAAGGAUAGUAUAGACCCGCCUCUUAAGGCUGGAGCUGCACUCUGUAAUUGGUGUGGCAGCUGGAAGGGGAUUAAACGCUGUACAGGUUGCAGAAGAGCACUUUAUUGCUCAGAGAAACAUUGGGUCAAGCAUUCUCGGACUGGUCAUGAACAUGAUUGUCAACGAUUGAGGAUAAAUUCUCAGUUGGCUGACAGUAGCUCUGAUGAAACCACUCCUGCAGUACUUCUAAAAGUUGCAAGCAACAAUGUAUGGCCAGAGUACAAAAUUAUACAGGAGUCUGAAAGUUCAUACGAGACAGAUAUGCCUGAUGAUACUGUAUGCUCUAAUUCCUUGGUGUCUAGUAAUCGGACAGAUGAUGCACUAAUGUCAAUAGCUGAGAAUUUUGAGGGUGAUGAUGACAGAAAGAGCUGGGCUUCAUUCCAUGAGCGCAUAGCCCUGGCACCUGAGCAAGUAUUGAGGUAUUGUAGAAUUCCUGGUGCAAAACCCUUAUGGCCUGUGUCAAGUGGCCGUCCAUCCAAGGCUGAUAUUCCUAAAUGCAGUUAUUGUGCCGGUCCAUUGUGUUUUGAAUUUCAGAUUAUGCCACAGUUGCUAUUUUUCUUUGAUGUGAAGAAUGACGUGGACUCUCUUGAUUGGGCUACAAUUGCUGUUUAUACAUGUGAAGCCUCCUGUGAUGCAAGUGUGGCUUACAAAGAAGAAUUUGCUUGGGUUCAACUUUCUUAGUCAUUUGGUUCCUUGCCAGAUAUUUUGUACCCCUAGAUUAGGAGAUGUAGCUGUUCAAGUCUUGAUAUUGAAUCAGGAAUUGAGAAAAUCGGAAUGAUAAGAUUUUGAUUGUGAAGAACUGUCACAGUUGUUUUGUUUUAUGAAUCGGAAUGAUGAGAUUUUGAUAAUGUACCUCCAUUUCACACGCACCUA